AUGGAAGAGACAGAGAAAAUUGCCCGACGAUUGGAAAAAAUGUUGAAGAGUGGCAAUAUAGAUGAGGAAUCCGCUUUGAAGUACCUGAAGCGCCUACGUGGAGUCGAAAUGACGCUGGACAUCCUAACAAAGACCGGAGUUGGGAUCAUCAUUAACAAAAUCCGAAAAGAGUCCGGGAACAGUGAAGUAGCAACACUGGGGAAGAACAUAAUAAAACAGUGGAAGAAGUUAGUUCCAGAUAAGGUAGAACCAAGUACUCCGAAUGCCGGAAUGAAACGAUCACCUGACACCAGUAAUGGUGUGGCUUCAGAUGAUGGUGGCCCGUCGGACACGAAACACUCACGAAUAGAGAAAACAGAACCUGUGGAACCGGCACCAGUCCCAGUUAGCCGAGGCUAUUUUCCAGUUCACACAAUGACCACAACAGAUCAGUUCCGUUUAAAGGCUCGCGAAAUGAUUCAGUCCGCCCUAGAAUGUGGAAAUGUCCCUUCCGGUGCCUACGAGAGCGAGUUUCUAGCCAUCCGAAUUGAAAGUGCAAUCUACGAUAUAUUUAAUAACACAGAUUCAAAGUAUAAACAACGUGUGCGGACACGAGUGAUGAACUUGCGGGAUUCCAACAACCCUAACCUGCGACUGAACGUGCUCAUGGGACAUGUGAAUCCCGACAAAUUGGCCUCCAUGACUUCUGAGAUUCCACCUGGUCGCCACCACAACUCCACCCGGCGCAUCAUCCGACGCCAGGUGAAACUGAGUGUCCGUGUAGACCGAGAAGCUUGGUGUACCCGAAAGGACGAAGAAAUAGUAGAUGCGAAAAAUGCUGAAAACGUCCGCGAGCUGUCCCACUUGGUUCGUUUGACUGGUCCUCGGAAACCUCUUCAAAGCAGAACGUUUGGACAGCAGUUCGAGCUGCAAUUCAUCUGGUCUCCUGCUGCCUACAAUCCUGCAUCCUGGCCUUCAACAGCAAGGUGGACUGUGAAUAUGGAGCGUCAUCGUGCUGUUGGUUCUGACGACCUUCUACCUGCUCCUUUCAAGGAUGGUGGUGGACUUCUUAGCCAGUGCCUGUCUAGCCUAUUUGGGUCUAUCUGGGAGGAAGCGACCGUCUCAGACAACUGGGGUGAAUCGAUAGUGGUGCCCAUUUUCACAAAGGCUAAGGUAGAACCAAGUUCUCCGAAUGCCGGAAUGAAACGAUCACCUGACACCAGUAAUGGUGUGGCUUCAGAUGAUGGUGGCCCGUCGGACACGAAACACUCACGAAUAGAGAAAACAGAACCUGUGGAACCGGCACCAGUCCCAGUUAGCCGAGGCUAUUUUCCAGUUCACACAAUGACCACAACAGAUCAGUUCCGUUUAAAGGCUCGCGAAAUGAUUCAGUCCGCCCUAGAAUGUGGAAAUGUCCCUUCCGGUGCCUACGAGAGCGAGUUUCUAGCCAUCCGAAUUGAAAGUGCAAUCUACGAUAUAUUUAAUAACACAGAUUCAAAGUAUAAACAACGUGUGCGGACACGAGUGAUGAACUUGCGGGAUUCCAACAACCCUAACCUGCGACUGAACGUGCUCAUGGGACAUGUGAAUCCCGACAAAUUGGCCUCCAUGACUUCUGAGAUUCCACCUGGUCGCCACCACAACUCCACCCGGCGCAUCAUCCGACGCCAGGUGAAACUGAGUGUCCGUGUAGACCGAGAAGCUUGGUGUACCCGAAAGGACGAAGAAAUAGUAGAUGCGAAAAAUGCUGAAAACGUCCGCGAGCUGUCCCACUUGGUUCGUUUGACUGGUCCUCGGAAACCUCUUGUCAGCGAAAUAACCAGGGACAAAAAUGGCUCUCUGAUCUACAGCAAAGCAGAACGUUUGGACAGCAGUUCGAGCUGCAAUUCAUCUGGUCUCCUGCUGCCUACAAUCCUGCAUCCUGGCCUUCAACAGCAAGGUGGACUGUGA